UUGGAAAAAAAAUGUGAAAAUCCUACACAGUUUAUCCAAGUCCUACCCCAUGAGUAGAACCCUUGCUGAAAUACGCCCCUGAGUUAAGCUCAGCACGCAUCAUAAAACUGCGUUUACACGAGCUAAUGGUUCGCUACGCUCAGUAACACGGUAGACGGAAUCCUCUUUCUCCCUAUCAUCUCGACGACCCUCCUCGCGACUGACGAAGGGUUUUCAAGGGCUCAAAAACUCUAAAUGGCAUCCCCGUCCUCCCGGCAAUAUCCUCACGAGCAUCCAGCCGACAUCAGACUUAUGGCGAAUGCAGUAUAAAAAAGAAGAAAAAAAAUAGUCCAUGCCAUUUGGCACAUGGAUUCAAGGAGGACCACUUCAAUAUGAAAGUGACGAUUCCCAUCUCGUAAUCUGCAAAGUCUCGGAUAAAUCCAAGUCCAGUACGACGAAUUUACUCUGGCUGCUGAAUGAUCGUGGUGUCCCUGUGUAUUUUACUGAUCCUCGUCGUUCGCCUGAACAAACUUCGAGAGGCCACCUGACCAUCCGUCGGGCACGUCGGCGAGUUCGGUCACGUCUAUUUCUCCACGUCGAUCCGACGGUUCGCUUGUGACCAGCCACCGUAUGAAUUCACACUGACCUCAACUAGCCAUUCCACCUAGUUGAUGUUAGGGUCAAUUAGCUAUAGGCAAACAGGAGAAACGGAUGUAAACUGCUUUGGAGUUGUGUAAACGAAAUCCUGGAAAUUAGGACAUGUGGUGAAGUUGGAAUAACUAGAGGAUUAAAUGAUUAUUAUAGUGAACUUGAGUAAAGACAAUUGAAUAUUACUUUUUUUUUAUGGAGGAUACUUCAGGGGACUGAUCCUCGUGUCUGAUGUUAGAAAAUUAAGGGCGAAAGUGGAUAGAACUUCCUACUGGAAGGUUGGGAUCAAUAAACACCUUGUUUGAUUUCACUAGGUUGCAGUUACUGGUGUCACUGUUCAGAUUGUUAAUAUGCUGCAGAGAACAUUUUUGGAUGAAAGAUCCAGGAUGACGGUUCCUGGAAGAGCUGUAUAUAGUCCCUGUAUUCCCAGUGGGAUGGAGGAAAUUCCAAAGAGUCCCAUCACAGAAUCUGCAGAGGCAAAACCCUGCCCUGCAUUGGAUGCUGUUAAAAGAAUCAGUGAGUCCGAUGAGCAACCACCAUAUUUCCCGCAACCGGGCGAUGAUCUACCAACGAAAGCUGAGGGUCCAAUGGGCCCAAUUGGUCCCUGGGCAACUGGUAGAAUGAGUUUUAGACCCACAGCUGGUAUUACAGGCAUUCGGCCGGUUGUAGAUCGGUAUUCGGUUACACGAUUUAGUCCUGCAGAAUGGCGAGCACAUAACAAGACAUUUUUUGAUCAAUCGAAUGAAAAGAUUCAUGAAGCACGGCAAUCCACAGUCAAUGCCAAAGAAUGUAUGGAGCGGGUUCACAAGGAGACAGACAAAAAUCAGUUGGAAAAUCGUGAUCGUCUCAGUACAAGAUCAGGUGUGGUUUAUCAGUGGAAAACAGAAUUAGAACGUGGAAUUCAUGAGAUGAGGGAAGAAAUUGAACUUUUAGAAAAAGAACGUCGUAGAUUAAAACAAUCCUUAGUAGUAUUAACAAUUCCGGAAUCGAUAGCUGGUGAAUUUCUGCAACUUCGUUCAACGAGGCUCGAACCUGACUUGGUGCGCGAUCAAGUCGAGGAGGAACUGAUCAAGGAGGUAGCUCUGUGUUCCGAAAUAAGAAUUCUCUUAAUUAGAACACGAGAGCAAAUAGAGGAGCAGGCAGUGGAAUUAAAAGCGGCAAAGAAUCGAAUGGAAUUUGAUUGGACGGACAAGAAGGAUGCCUAUGAAGUAGAUACAGCCUGUAUAGGCCUGACAAAUGAUUCUCCAUUAAUUCUUUGGAAACCCGGAGCUACGAGAGUCCCAUCCGAGCAGUCUACUGCAUCUGGCUACGAACAGUUUACACGGGAAGCUCUGGCCGCAGGACAAACGGCUAGGCAGACGUCAGUCAAUUUGAGGUCGACACUGGACUCCAUUUUAUCGAAUUCUAUACGUGAUCUUCGUGAACAAGCUAAUCGAGUGGAUAUUGCCCUGGCAGAAAAAAUCAGUUUGACAGAACAAGUCUGUCAACAUCUAGAGAAGGAACUGCUUAAGUGCCUUCACGAGUUGGCAAGUAUUGAGGAUCUUAUUGAGAAUCUUCGGGCAUCAACUCAGAAACUAGAUUAUGGGAUGAAAGUCGCUCAGACGAGAUUAGAUUACAGACUCCUUAGACGGAAUGUAGAGAGCUGCAGGGACGAGCCGCAAUACGGACUUAUAGAGGAAGUCAAGACUCUAGGGGAUAACGUAUCUGCUAUGCAGGCACAGUUGAGAAGAGCGGAAGACGCUCAGGCAGGAUUGGUCAAAGCCAGGAGCGACUUGGAAAGAGAAAUAGUGGUGAAGAGGAAGAGUCUCUACAUAGACAGAGAGCGGGGACAAUGGCUACGUUCAUUUUAUCCAUCCGCUGCAGCUCUAUCCGGAUAUCAAAAUUGAAUUAUUUAUUUAUUACUGUUUACACUAAUUUUUGUAUUCGUGUUAUAAUUUUUAUUUUUUUAUUGUAACUUUUUUUUUGUAUGACCUUUUGCCUUUGUUAGUCCUUUAUAUUAUACUCGAUUUUGUAGCAUAUUGUUUUCUAAUAAAUAUUCCUC